GCUCUCUCGUUCCCAAUGGAGGAGCAGACCGUAGUCCUCAUCGUGGGCGCAGGACCAGCAGGCCUCACAACAGCGGCAUGCCUCACCCAACUUAGUAUCCCUUAUGUCAUUGUUGAGCGUGAAGAUUGUAGUGCAUCGCUGUGGCGCAACCGUGCUUAUGACCGCCUAAAGCUACACCUUGCAAAGGAGUUUUGUGAGUUGCCCCACAUAUCAUACCCGGCGGAUGCCCCAACCUACAUCCCAAAGGAUCAGUUUGUGAAGUACCUAGACAACUACAUUGAGUGUUUCAACAUUCGGCCAAAGUAUCAUACUGCCAUUGAGUCAUGCUCAUACGACAAAGUUAGAAAAUGUUGGUUUGGCAUGGCACGUGACAUGACAACAUUGGUGGUGGUCAGGUUCAUGGCUAGGUUUCUUGUUGUUGCAAGUGGUGAGAAUAGUGCAGCAAACAUUCCUAUUAUCCCUGGGCUGCAUGAGUUUUCUGGAGAGGCUAUUCACUCAUCAAGGUACAAAUCAGGCACCUCCUACUCGGGGAAGAAUGUACUUGUGGUUGGGUGUGGCAACUCUGGAAUGGAAAUCGCCUAUGACCUUGCAUCGCAUGGUGCCAAUACAUCCAUUGUUGUCCAUAGCCUGGUACACAUAAUGACCAAAGAGAUAAUUCGGUUGGGCAUGACAUUGGUCCAACAUAUACCAUUAAAUGUUGUGGACGAUCUUCUUGUGAGGAUGUCAGGUUUUGUGUUUGGAGACUUGUCAAGGCAUGGCAUUGUGAGACCAAAAUUAGGUCCUCUUCUCCUCAAGGCAAAAACCGGUCGAUAUGCUGUGAUUGAUGUUGGGACAAUCGGUUUAAUUAAGGAUGGCGCUAUCAAAGUGCUUGGAAAUAUUUCCAAAAUUAAGGGCAACAUAGUUGAAUUUGAAGGUGGGAAGGAAAAUGCUUUUGAUGCCAUUGUGUUUGCGACUGGAUAUAAAAGCAUGGCCAAUACAUGGCUCAAGAAUGGUGAAAGCAUGUUGAACAAUGAUGGAUUACCUAAAAAGGAAUUCCCAAAUCACUGGAAGGGUGCAAAUGGACUCUAUUGUGUUGGCUUGGCAAAAAGAGGACUGGCCGGUAUUGCCAUGGAUGCCAAGAAUAUUGCCAAUGACAUCUUGUCUAGCUACCAUUCAUAUACAUGA